AUGGAGGCCUAUGAGGUACCCAAGGAAUGCUUGGCUUAUUGGUUGGCUCCCCAACUGACAGGAAAGGCCCAGCAGGCCUAUGCAGCAGUGACUAGUGACAGCGAAAAGAAGUACGAGGUCAAGACUGCCAUCCUGAGAAGGUAUAACAUCAACGAGGAGACCUACAGAUCCAGGUUCAGAUCAUCUAGAAGGAAAGAAGGAGACGGCUACAUUGAGCAGGCAAUUAGGAUGUCUGACCUUCUUGAGCGCUGGACUGUAGGGUGUAGAAGCAUGGCUGAAUUGAGGGAGAAAAUGUUACUCAAGCAGUUACUCAAUGUGAUGUCGCCUGAGCUAAGGAUAUGGGUGAAUGAGAGGAAGCCCAAGUCGGCAGAUAAAGCUGCUACAGUAACGGACGACUGUAUGACAGCUAGAAGGAUGACUGGGAAGAACUGGAAGGAGACUGGUGGAAAGGAGAAGACUGGUGAAGACUCAAUUAAGCGAAAGGGUGGGGCUGAUAGCAGAAUGUGCCACGUAUGCAAACAAAAUGGACAUCUUGCUUACAACUGUCCCACAAAAAGAGAGCGAGAGGACGCCACUACUAAAGAUGAGGAAACUAAGAAAAGGAAACCUACACUGAGGAACGUAAAGUGCUAUAGCUGUGGGAAUCUGGGCCACAUGUCGAUGCAGUGUCCAGAUAAAGCUUGGUUCUGUGGUGGAGGAAUCCCGAAACGAAUGUCUAGAAGUUCUGUUCUUGUAGAGAGGACUAGAGUGAAGGACAUAGUGCUGGAUACUGGGUUUACUAGGACUAUGGUGCGAUGUGACUUGGUACCAGAAGACGAACUAAUAGAAUUAGAAGCAGUGGCAGUGAGGUGUGCUCAUGGUGAUACCGUGCUGUACCCCCUAGCUGAAGAGGAGAUGGAGCUUGGAAGUGACAGGAUGGUUGUGACAGCAGCAGGGCUGAUUGUCUUCCUGUGUCAGUACAAUUAG